AUGGAAACUUAUCAGAACAAGAUUGGAUGCUUUAUACAUAUUCCAAAUGUGGGACGAGGACAGUUAAAGUAUGUGGGAGAAGUUGACAAUAAACCUGGGAUAUAUGCAGGGAUUGAUUUAUUGGCAAAUAUAGGUAAGAAUAAUGGUAGUUAUCAAGGUAAAAAAUAUUUCGAAACUGAAUAUCCUCAGAGUGGGUUAUUUAUCCAAUUACAAAAGGUUGCUUCUUUAAUUGAAAGUACUUCGACGAAUGGAUCGAGAAGAUCGACCAUAGCUCCAAUUGAAUUACCACCUGGUUCAAACACUGAUGCCAAUUAUAUUGGAUCGAGGAUCGAAAGCGUUGGGAGUACCACUAGUACCGUAGUAAGACAACCACAUAUGAUAUCUCUUGAUGAAAAAUCACCUACACCUUCAAGAAAUGGUAUUAAUGAUAAAAAUUCCAUUAUAGGUAAUUCUUCCAGGAGUAUAAGUGGUACCGAAAUGUUGGAAGACCACAUGGAUAUUGAUCCACCUUCGUCAGCUGAUGUAAACGAUAAUGCUAAUAAGUUGAUUCGUGAGUAUGAGAUAAAGAUCGAUAAACAGCAGAGACAGUUGAUACUGUAUAAAAAAUUAUUGGAUGAUCAAAGGGUUGUGUUGGAAGAAUUACAACCAACUAUUGAUGGCUAUGAAUUGAAUUUACAAAAUGCAGAGAAUGAAAUUAAAAAGUUAAGAGAUCAACUAAACGAAGAAAAGGAACAAAGAAAUAAACAAAAAGAGUUUUUAGAGGCAGAACAUGAACAAUUGCUUGCUGUAGUCGAUCAGUUACAUGAAGAAAUAAAAGAAAAUGAAAGAAGAGUAAUCGCUUCAAAAUCAUCACCUUCUAAUAACAAUAAUACAAAUCAAACAACAAACACAACCCAAUCAAUUGAUUAUGAAGCUAUGCAAAAUGAAUUAGAGAUGCUACAAAAUUAUAAGAAAGAAACAGAAACCUCUAAAAUUAAAUGGGAUAAAGAAAGAGAACAAUUGAAAAUGCAUAAUGAUUCUUUAAGCAAAGAAUAUCAACUUUUGACUAAAGAAUUAUUUCAAUUGCAAAAUUCUCAAACAGAAAAUAACAAUAAUGACAGUGCCAACGACAAAGAAACGAUACUCAAUUUACAAAACGAAAUAUCAUACCUUAAGAGUAAAAUUAAGACUGAUUCAAAUAUAGAUGAUGAAAUUUCAGAAAAUGCUAAAAUAAUUGAACCACCAUUAAAAAACGGCAAGAACGAUACUGAAUCAUCAUGGUGUGCUCUAUGUGAACAAAACGGUCAUUCUAGCAUCGAUUGCCAAUAUAAUAAUUCUUAA